CGCGACACAAACUAAACUUCAACAGGCGCACCUCGCACUCUCCGACAACGUCAAAUUCGACUAUUACUUCAGCUCUCUCUACCGUUAUUCGCGACUCUUGCCUGGUGCAAAGUUGCAGACAAAUUCUCCACGAGAGGAAGGAAUUGCUUUGAAAUUUGAACUUUCAUUUUCAUUGCUUCUCGCCCCACUUCCGCAUCUGUUGCUUCCACUUCUUUUGCCUCUAAUCAAUCGUCUCUGCCCCGCGAUCUUUCAUCCGCGAAACCCUUCAUCUUCCACCACGAUCCUACAAACAGCAAACCAACAAAAUGGCCGCCGCUGUAGCUGACACCCCAAAGAUGGACGAGCAGGUCGACCUCACCACCAUUCCCGUCGACCCUGCCGGCAAGGAGGAUUCGUCCGAUGUCAAGGACGACGACAAACCUGUCACCGUUUUCCACGACAAGGACAACUUCAACGUGAAGCACCCGCUUCAGAACAAGUGGACUCUCUGGUUCACAAAGCCCCCGAGUGGCAAGGGCGACAACUGGAACGAUCUCCUAAAGGAAGUUAUCACCUUCGACUCCGUUGAGGAAUUUUGGGGCGUUUACAAUAAUGUCGCACCCGUUUCCGAGCUUUCCCUCAAGUCCGAUUACCACCUCUUCAAGGCUGGCGUCCGCCCCGAGUGGGAGGACCCCCAGAACAAGCACGGCGGAAAGUGGUCCUACCAGUACAAGGAUAAGCGAAACAUCGAUGUCGACCGUCUCUGGCUCCAGGUCAUGAUGGCCGCUAUCGGUGAGACCCUCGAGGACGAGGACGAUGGUGAGGUCAUGGGCGUUGUCGUCAACGUUCGAAAGGCCUUCUUCCGAAUUGGUGUCUGGACUCGUACCAUCGGAAAGAGCAUCCCCGGCCGAGGUGAGGGUGACGUUGCUGGCGGCAAGGGCCGCAGCGGUGAGAAGGGUAAGGAGAUUCUCCUGUCUAUCGGCCGCCGGUUCAAGGAGGUUCUUGAGCUACCUGCCUCAGAGCAGGUUGAGUUCUCUGGACACACCGACAGUGCUCACUCAGGCAGUACACGAGCCAAGGCUAAGCACGUCGUUUAAACGUGUGAGGAUUUACGCAGAGGCACGACGUUGAUUUAGCACGAUAUCCGAUAAUGACCAUUUCACGUUUCUGACCCUGACGCCGUUCAUCUGGCGAUUCACGAGAGGUCGACGAGUUGUUGAAGCAGAAGCGGCACAGCAAGGAUGGAGCGGCGACUGGCUUGAGCCCGGAGGGGUGAACUGCUCAGUCAGCCUGGCCACGAGUCGUCCUUGAUUUCAUUUGGCUCAAUGUUCUAUUGGCGUUGCUUGGAAGGACUGUUUCCCAAGUGGCAUCCACGAAGUAUGAAAAGGGCCACCCAAGGAGGGGAAAGGAAAAUAGAUUUUGUACUUUCGAACAACUUUAAUCAGUUGCUUCACAUGAAUACUUGCUAGCUAUACUCAAUUGCUACCAAACUUGCUGAAAC